AUGUCUUUCCACAAACUGCCGGCUGACUUCCGACAGAAAAUCCAUGACUACUACGAACACAGAUACCAGGGCAAGAUGUUUGAUGAGGAGAGCAUCCUGGAGGAGCUUAAUGAACCACUGCGGGAGGUAAAACAACCAAACACACCAUCAAAACCCUGACAAGGUCUUACACUUAAAGAAAGGAACAAAGGAACACAAAAAAAUUGUAUUCACAAAUAUGCCCAUUAAGAUGGCAAACUUCUGAAGUUCUGAACCUCUUCUUUUAAAUCACUCAAAAUCAAAUCAAACUUUAUUGGUCACAUGCGCCGAAUACAACAGGUGUAGACUUUAAAGUGAAAUGCUCACCUACGAGACCAUUCCCAACAACGCAGAGUUAAAAAGUAAGACAAAUAUUUGCCAAAUAAAAAAGGAAAUAGUAACACAAUAAAAACAAUAACAAGGCAAUAUACAAGGAGUACCAGUACCGAGUCAAUGUGCAGGGUACCAGUCAAAAGUUUAGACACACCUACUCAUUCAAGGGGAUUUCUUUAUUUUUACUAUUUUCUACAUUGUAGAAUAAUAGUGAAAACAUCAACACUAUGAAAAAACACAUAUGGAAUCAUGUAGUAACUAAAAAAAAGUGUUAAACAAAUGAAAAUAUAUUUUAGAUUUUAGAUUCUUCAAAGUAGCCAAAUCAAAUCAAAUGUUAUCGGUCACAUACACAUGUUUAGCAGAUGUUAUUACGGGUGUAGCGAAAUGCUUGUGUUUCUAGCUCCAACAGUGCAGUAAUAUCUUAACAAUUCACAACAAUACACACAAUACACACAAAUCUAAAAGUAAACGAAUGGAAUUAAGAAAUAUAUAAAUAUGAGGAUGAGCAAUAUUGGAGUGGCAUAGACUAAAAUACAGCAGAAUAGAAUACAGUAUAGACAUAUGAGAUGAGUAAAGCAAAAAUAUGUAAACAUUAUUAAAGUGACUAGUGUUCCAUUAUUAAAGUGGCCAGUGAUUUCAAGUCUAUGUAAUAGGGCCGCAGCCUCUAAGUUGCAGGGUUACGUAACCGGGUGGAAGCCGCCUAGUGAUGGCUAUUUAACAGUCUGAUGGCCUUGAGAUAGAAGCUGUUUUUCAGUCUCUCUGUCCCAGCUUUGAUGCACCUGUACUGACCUCGCCUUCUGGACUAUAGCGGGGGUGAACAGGCAGUGGCUCAGGUGGUUGUUGUCCUUGAUUAUCUUUUUGGCCUUCCUGUGACAUCGGGUGCUGCAGGUGUCUUGGAGGGCGGGUAGUUUGCCCCUGGUGAUGCGUUGAGCAGACCGCACCACCCUCUGGAGAGCCCUGCGGUUGCGGGUGGUGCUGUUGCCGUACCAGGUGGUGAUACAGCCCGACAGGAUGCUCUCAAUUGUGCAUCUGUAAAAGUUUGUGAGGGUUUUAGGUGCCAAGGCAAAUUUAUUCAGCCUGUUGCGCCUUCUUCACCACACUGUCUGUGUGGGUGGACCAUUUCAGAUCAUCAGUGAUGUGUACGCCAAGGAACUGGAAGCUUUCCACCUUCUCCACUGCGGUCCCGUCGAUGUGGAUAGGGGCGUGCUCCCUCUGCUGUUUCCUGAAGUCCACAAUCAGCUCCUUUGUUUUGUUGACGUUGAGUGAGAGGUCAUUUUCCUGGCACCACACUCCCAGGGCCCUCACCUCCUCCCUGUAGGCUGUCUCGUCAUUGUUGGUAAUCAGGCCUACUAUUGUUGUGUUGUCUGCAAAUUUGAUGAUUUGAGUUGGAGGUGUGCGUGGCCACGCAGUCAUGGGUGAACAGGGAGUACAGGAGGGGGCUGAGCACGCACCCUUGUGGGGCCCCUGUGUUGAGGAUCAGCGAAGUGGAGGUGUUGUUUCCUACCUUCACCACCUGGGGGCCGCCCAUCAGGAAGUCCAGGACCCAGUUGCAUAGGGCGGGGUUCAGACCCAGGGCCCCGAGCUUAAUGAUGAGCUUGGAGGGUACUAUGGUGUUGAAUGCUGAGCUAUUGUCGAUGAACAGCAUUCUUACAUACGUAUUUCUCUUGUCCAGAUUGGAUAGGGCAGUGUGCAGUGCGAUGGCGAUUGCAUUGUCUGUGGAUCUAUUGGGGCGGUAAGCAAAUUUAAGUGGGUCUAGGGUGCCAGGUAAGGUAGAGGUGAUAUGAUCCUUAACUAGCAUCUCAAAGCACUUCAUGAUGACAGAAGUGAGUGCUACGGGGCGAUAGUCAUUUAGUUCAGUUACCUUUGCUUUCUUGGGAACAGGAACAAUGGUGGACAUCUUGAAGCAAGUGGGGACAGCAGACUGGGAUAGGGAGAGAUUGAAUAUGUCCGUAAACACUCCAGCCAGCUGGUGUGCGCAUGCUCUGAGGACGCGGCUAGGUAUGCCGUCUGGGCCGGCAGCCUUGCUAGGGUUAACAUUAUUAAAUGUCUUACUCACGUCGGCCACCGAGAAGGAAAGCCAACAGCCCUUGGUAGCGGGCCGCGUCGGUGGCACUGUGUUAUCCUCAAAGUGGGCGAAGAAGGUGUUUAGCUUGUCUGGAAGGAAGACGCCGGUGUCCGCGACGUGGCUGGUUUUCCCUUUGUAGUCCGUGAUUGUCUGUAGACCCUGCCACAUACGUCUUGUGUCUGAGCCGUUGAAUUGCAACUCCACAUUGUCUCUCAACUGGCAUUUUUACUGUUUGAUUGCCUUACGGAGGGAAUAACUACACUGUUUGUGUUCAGCCAUAUUCCCAGUCACCUUGCCAUGGUUAAAUGCGGUGGUUUGCGUUUUCAGUUUUGCGUGAAUGCUGCCAUCUAUCCACGGUUUCUGGUUUGGGAAGGUUUUAAUAGUCACAGUGGGUACAACAUCUCCUAUACACUUCCUGAUGAACUCAGUCACCGUAUCUGUGUAUUCGUCGUUGUUAUUCUCUGAGGCUACCCGGAACAUAUCCCAGUCCACGUGAUCAAAACAAUCUUACAUUUACAUUUACAUUUACAUUUACGUCAUUUAGCAGACGCUCUUAUCCAGAGCGACUUACAAAUUGGUGCAUUCACCUUAUAGCCAGUGGGAUAACCACUUUACAAUGUGUUUUUUGUUGUUGUUUUGUUUGGGGUUAUUUUUUGGGGGGGGGUUGGGGUAAGGGAGGGGUAGAAGGAUGACUUUAUCCUAUCCCAGGUAUUCCUUAAAGAGGUGGGGUUUCAAAUGUCUCCGGAAGGUGGUGAGUGACUCCGCUGUCCUGGCGUCGUGAGGGAGCUUGUUCCACCAUUGGGGUGCCAGAGCAGCGAACAGUUUUGACUGGGCUGAGCGGGAACUAUGCUUCCGCAGAGGAAGGGGAGCCAGCAGGCCAGAGGUGGAUGAACGCAAUGCCCUCGUUUGGGUGUAGGGACUGAUCAGAGCCUGAAGGUACGGAGGUGCCGUUCCCCUCACAGCUCCAUAGGCAAGCACCAUGGUCUUGUAACAGAUGCGAGCUUCAACUGGAAGCCAGUGGAGUGUGCGGAGGAGGGGGGUGACGUGAGAGAACUUGGGAAGGUUGAACACCAGACGGGCUGCGGCAUUCUGGAUGAGUUGUAGGGGUUUAAUGGCACAGGCAGGGAGCAUGGAUUCCGAUUGGUCAGACCAGCAUUGAAUAGUCCUUAGCACGGGUACUUCCUGUUUUGAGUUUCUGCCUAUAGGAAGGGAGGAGCAAAAUGGAGUCCUGAUCAGAUUUGCAGAAGGGAGGGCCUUGUAGGCAUUUCGAAAAGCUGAGUAGCAGUGGUCUAAUGUUUUCUCAGAGCGAGUGCUACAGUCAAUGUGUUGGUAGAACUUUGGUAGCGUUUUCCUCAAAUUUGCUUUGUUAAAAUCCCCAGCUACAAUAAAUGCGCCCUCAGGAUAUGUGGUUUCCAGUUUGCAUAAAGUCCAGUGUAGUUCUUUGAGGGCCGUUGUAGUAUCGGCUUGAGGGGGAAUAUACAUGGCUGUGAGGAUAACCGAAGAGACUUCUCUUGGGAGGAAAUACGGUUGGCAUUUGAUUGUGAGGUAUUCUAGGUCGGGUGAACAAAAGGACUUGAGUUUCUGUAUGUUAUCACAAUCACAUCACGAGUAGUUAAUCAUGAAACAAACACCCCGCCUUUCUUCUUCCUGGAGAGUUCUUUAUUCCUAUCUGCGCGAUGUACUGAGAACCCAGCUGGCUGUAUGGACGGGGACAGUAUAUCCCGAGAGAGCCAUGUUUCCGUGAAAUAGAGUAUGUUACAAUCCCUGAUGUCUCUUUGGAAGGAGAUUCUCUCCCUAAACUCGUCUACUUUAUUAUCCAGAGAAUGAACAUUUGCGAGUAAUAUACUCGGAAGCGGUAGAUGGUGUGUGCGCCUCCUGAGUCGGACUAGAAGUCCACUCCGGAUACCUCUUCUCCGCCAGCGGUGCUUUGGAUCAGCCUCUGGAAUCAGUUCAAUUGCCCUGUGGGUACAAACAAAGGAUCCAUUUCGGGAAAGUCGUAUUCCUGGUCGUAAUGCUGGUGAGUUACCGCCGCUCUGAUAUCCAAAAGUUAUUUCCGGCUCUAUGUAAUAACACAAAAAGAAUUCUGGCCUAAUAAUGUAAGAAAUAACACACAAAAAAAACAAAAUACUGCGAAGUUGCUUAGGAGCUAGAAGCAGAGCUGCCCUAUCUGUCGGAGCCAUCUUGCCACCCUUUGCCUUGAUGACAGCUUUGCACACUCUUGGCAUUCUUUCAACCAGCUUCACCUGGAAGGGUGGCUACUUUGAAGAAUCUCAAAUAUAAAAUAUAUUUUGAUUUGUUAAACACUUUUUCGGUUACUACAUGAUUCCAUAUGUGUUAUUUCAUAGUAGAAUGAGUAGGUGUGUCCAAACUUUUGACUGGUACUGUACAUGUGGUAGGGGUAAAAGUGACUAGGCAAUCAGUAAAUAUAAUAAACAGAGCAGCAGGAGCGUAUGUGAAGUGUGAAAGUGUGUAUGUGUGGCGUCAAUAUGCAUGUGCGCAAUGUUUUAUUGCGCAUGGUGAUCUUAGGCCUGUGUGCGGCUGCUCGGCCAUGGAAACCCAUUUCAUGAAGCUCCCGACGAACAGUUCUUGUGCUGACGUUGCUUCCAGAGGCAGUUUGGAACUCAGUAGUGAAUGUUGCAACCAAGGACAGACGGUUUUGGAGAGCGUCAGCACUCGGCGGUCUCGUUCUGUGAGCUUUUGUGGCCUACCACUUCGCGGCUGAGCUGUUGUUGCGCCUAGAUGUUUCCACUUCAGAAUAACAACACUUAUAGUUUACCGGGGCAGCUCUAGCAGGGCAGAAAUUUUACAAACUGACUUGUUGGAUAGGUGCCAUCCUAUGACGGUGCCACGUUGAAAGUCACUGAGCUCUUCCGUAAGGCCAUUCUACUGCCAAUGUUUGUCUAUGAAGAUUGGAUGGCUGUGUGCUCGAUUUUAUAGACCUGUCAGCAACGAGUGUGGCUGAAAUAGCCUAAUCCACUAAUUUGAAGGGGUGUCCACAUACUUUUGUAUAUGUAGUGUAUGUUAGUCUUAGACGUAACAAUUCAAAUUCAGUUACAUUAAUUGUAUUUUCCCUCAGGAAAUUGUAAACUUCAACUGCCGUAAGCUGGUGGCAUCCAUGCCCCUGUUUGCCAAUGCCGACCCCAACUUUGUGACAGCCAUGUUGACUAAGCUCCGCUUCGAGGUCUUCCAGCCCGGUGAUUACAUCAUCAGGGAGGGCACCAUCGGCAAGAAGAUGUACUUCAUCCAACACGGUGUGACCAGCGUGCUGACCAAAGGAACCAUGGGCGUGAAGCUUUCUGAUGGAUCCUACUUUGGAGGUAUGCUCAACAAUAUCAGACCUUUUUUAUGUUUGCUGGCUACUGCUGCUGAAAAACAUAUUAUAUAAACUAUUUUCUGUUCUAUUUCAUUCUAUUCAAUUCUAUUCUAUUCUAUCGUGGUGCUGAUAACACACAUCUACUAUAGGACAGAAGUUACAUAAGGUACAGUACAUUCAUGUAGACUUAACUUAAUUCAUGUAGACUUUUCUCCCUCUAAAUCAGGGAUCAUCAACUAGAUUCAGCCGCAGGCUGAUUUUAUUCUUGAGCGGAUGGUCGGGGGGCCUGAACGUAAUUACGAAUAAUUUGUAGACUGCAACAUUGACCGCAAGAAGCCCAAACAGAUAAAACAUUUGUAUACGAUCUAUUAUGCAAGGAAUACUUGGGAACAGUUUUCCUAAAUUAAAAUUACUUGGAGCUGAUUUCCUGGUGUUUUUACAGUCUUUAUGUCCAACAUAAAUCCACCUGCGGGCCUAAUUCGGCCCGAGGGCUCCCAGUUGGGGAACCCUGCUCUAAAUCCUACGGUCCAACUAACCAACGUCGUAACCAUGUUUAUAUAAAAAUUGUAGCAGGCAAGAUAAUAAAAUAAAAACACCCUGACAUUUGACUUCUUCUCGCUAGUCUUUUAGCCCCGCAGCCAGUUUUGUCCCACUUUCCCAUGCAGCUUGUCCUCCUCCCUGCCUGUUUUGGGACACAGCGCUGCUGUUGAUCGACAAAAAAAGCACUCAUUUUUCCAGUGUCUCUGGGCCAUGGUCUGGGGGCAUUCUUCACAUCCGGCUCCUCUUCAGAAGAGAAGAGUUCAGUUUAGUGGUGCUGUGGGUUGGGCUGUGAGGUGCCAGGAGCCAAGGGCGGAUGCUGAAGGAGUGUCAGAGAUCUACAGCAGCACACACGGCCCAUUAAUAACAGCUAAUUAGUCCAUGGAACACUGAUGACAGAGCAAUUAGUAAUGUCAACCGUCAAUGUUCAAAGGCGAGCCUUUAUGCUGUAUGCCACCAGGAAGCCAACCCUUUUCUACAUGGCAUGGACUAGGCGCAAACUUUAAUCAGAAUGUCUGUUGGAUUUGUGGUGGUAUUUAUUGAUUCAUCUGCUAUUAUUUACAAUUAAUAUUAUUACUGGAGAAGAUACUGUAUUUUUGUCCUGUUGUUGUAGUAUGAUGAGGGAAUAUGGAAAGAAGGUAGAAACUAUGUACUGUAAUAGUUGCCCUAAGAUAAUAAAUUAAAUGUCGGCAUAAGGGAUUUAUACACCAUCUCUACACAACAUGGCCCAUAUUUGCCAUAAUUUGUUUUUAAAGGGGGAAAUACCGGAGUGAGUAAGAGGGUGUAGUAGGGUCAGAAUCACAUCCCAGCACUGUGUUCUGCUGCUUGCCUCUGCAGCGCUCGGCACACUGGAGAGAACGGAAUCUCAUUAAUCUUGUGAAGAACUGUAAAUCCCACAUCAGAUAGUGGAGAGACACAGGGCCACGUUGACACUCAAGGUCACACUUUAAUACCCUGUGAAUAAGGAGCCAUUGUGAGGGGGAGCAGGGGUGGAGAGUGUUUGUCACUGGGGCUUAAUGACAAGAUUAUUAUGUAAAUGUAUAACUCAUGAAUGGAACAUCCCUUUGUUGCUCUUUAAUGGUGUGUGGGCCUCUGUUCAGCCGGCGGCAGCUGAUCUUUUACUUGACUGCACUUCUUGUUAAUUCCUCUUUUUCCAUGGUCCCCGGGGGGGGGGGGGGGGGGGUUGCCUACCACUGUAGAGGCUGAUAUGUAGAAUGCAGCCAGAGCAGCGCCCCCAUGCAUACAGUAAAUUACAUUCCAGUGGGUUUUUUCUUCACUGAGAGCCAGAGGAUACCCUUCACACGCGACAGAGAGCGAAGGGGGAGAACGGGGAGGCAGCAGAGUAAAAAGAGCAUAUGGUUGUCAAGACAACCAUCAGCCACAGGCCAGAGACUGAAGGGUAACACCUGAAUGUAAUGAACCUUGGCCCUACCACGUCUCCAACCCUGGAGCUCCCUCCCUACGCUGAGCUGUCUCGGCUGGGUCUUUGGUUGAAAUGCCUUUCUCCUCUCUCUAUAUUCAUGCUCUUUAUCGUCUCAGUAAAUGACCCAUUUCCACAUGUGAUAAAUUGAUACUGUAGGAUUGUGUGUGCUUUGAAUUCUAGUGUAGCAGUGUUUUAUAAGCUAGAAAUCAGAAGAAUAAUGAGUGUGACAUGUCUAAGGGACCUUUGUCAUGGGAUCAUGACAUUCGAAUGGCUCAUGUUUCUUUGACAUGUUUUCUGUAGCUUAGUUAGCUGAGUAGUAAUUGUGUCUGUCUCUGACCGUUUCUGACCCUCCUGUCUUUCUCUCUCUCUCUCUCCCUCAGAGAUCUGUCUAUUGACCCGAGGCAGACGGACGGCCAGUGUGCGGGCGGACACGUACUGCCGUCUCUACUCCCUGUCUGUGGAUAACUUCAAUGAGGUGCUGGAGGAGUACCCCAUGAUGAGGCGCGCCUUCGAGACCGUGGCCAUCGACCGACUGGACCGGAUAGGUGAGACCAGCCUACCACUGACCAGUAAAUAAGCCACUGACCCACACAGGAUUAGCUAUGGGCAUAGUUGAGGCAUUUUGUCAUUCAUAGAAUCAGCAGAACAAAAACAGACAUACUGUAUUCUAUCAAUGGAACCUAUUGUAAUUAUGCCAUUAAUAAUUUCUAUUUGACUUCCCUGGUUUCUUUGAUUUCAUUUUAGACCCUUUAUUUAGAUGCAGCUGCUGUAUCUUCAGGAUAUGACUUUCACAAGAUAUGAUUAUUAUUUCAAAAUGACUGAGUGUGCCAUACUCCCCUGGGUUUGCUGUAAAUGUGCUCUCAGGAGGAGUGAUGCUCAUUUGUGAAAAUGACUGCUCAGCACACUGUCUAAACAGCUCGCUAUGCUCUCCUCUUCUGUGUGGAAGGGAGGAAGUUACCGUAUUUUCUCUUGGUUUCUCCGUUACCUCCAGUGUUGCUACGCUGUCAGUCACUCAGCUAUCAUCAGAAAGCACCUGGUUAGUGAAUUCCGAGCUCUGAGUGUAAACAUAUAAUUUACUAAACUAAAUUGACUAAACCCCCCACCGCCUCCAAGGUCAAUGUGAUGCUGAUGUCACCGCUCGGUGACGUGCAGGGGCCCUGCAUCCACCACCUGCCAGUGGUUGCCAUAGCAGCCAGAUUCCACAUCAAGUACGAGACGUUUGGUUUCACACAUUUGGAGGAGAUUGAGUUGUCUUUGAUCUUUGACAACAGAUGAACACCUAACCUGAAUAGAGCAUAUGGGAACACUGGAAGAUGAAUAUUCUGUUUAACCCAUUCAUGUCCGUAACGGAAAUGUCCAAUUUCCUUUUGUGCACUUGUUCUCUGAGCUUACUGAUGGACGUAUCUGAAGACAUUUUUGUAAUCGGCCAAAGCAUUUGCCUUUUUGAUAUUGCACUAUAUUUUGUCUCCAGGUUACUGUUUUUACGCAUUUUAUGAAUCAAGUCAUGUGAAUGAAUACAUGUUCAAAUGAUCAGAUCUUAAUAAAUGUUGGUACAUAGAUUGUCCGGAACAAUAUAUACACUGAGUAUACCACGCAUUAGGAACACCUUCAGAACACCCUAUCCAAAGACAUCCCCACACACUCUCUUUCACACACACACCCCUAGAGUACAUGCAGUAUAAGGACAUCCAAUGCAAGUCAAUGAAGACUGGAGAGUGAGUCAUUUUAUAUACACUAUAUUGCCUGGACCAAUAUACACUGAGUGUAAAAAACAUUAGGAACACAUGCUCUUUGCAUGGAAGUAUGAUAGAUAAUGACAAUGUGGUCUGUUUAGACACUUGUUCUAACUAUGAUGACAUCAACUGUUUUGCAUUUAUACCAAACAGAAUUUGAUUUGUGGCGCGUUUUGAUAUUGUACUAAAUAUGUUAAAAGGAGCUGAAUGGGUUAAUUCGUAUACUGUUUAGCUAUUCACUAGAUUGACUGACAACAGAAGCGUCCUGGAUCAAAGGCUUAGUAUUUUAAGUGGCCAGACUAAAAAGUAACUGGCGGGUAGAAAGCUAAUUAAUUCCAAAUCUAAACAGUAAUUCAGAGGAUGACAAUUAUCUGUUAACCUUGGAGUUCUUUUGGAACACAGUCUUUUUCCAAAGAAAUCAUGUUUAUAAUGUCUUGUAGCUUACACAAUGUCAGGACAGGAGACUAUGAUCCUUCUGUUUAGCUGAUCAGUGUGUGUACUAAUGUGUUCUGGUGCCUUUAGAUGUCUAUGGAAGAGACAGUAGACUAGACUCAUUGACCUCUAUCCUGACCCUAAGGAAACAUAAUGGACUUGGCCCUUUUGGCCUGGAGCCUAUAGCAGCCACCCACUCUGCAGUCAACUGGACUGUGUUGUACCAUGCUAGCUAGUUCUGCAGCUUGAAUUAGAGUUAGAGUUCUUCUCCCAGUCCCUCAGACUCAUGUUUACAUUCUACCUGAUGUUUUCAUGUGGGUGUCACUCUAUUUGUUUUUAAAAAAAAGCCAGAUAGAGACGGAAAAGUUGAAAAUCCCCUGCUGAUGGGGGAAAAACAGAAAGUAAAGAUGAAACUCCGAAACAUGAGAUGGGGGGUGGAAGUAAUAAUCUUGGGAGUUUUUUAAUGCGUGUUCAACUGGAAAAAAUGUAAACGCUGGGGAGACGAGAGAGAUGGAUCUGCAAUCUCACUGGCUGCCUGCGUGAACUCCGUGAAGGAGGCAAUUUCAGCUGCAAAUAGAUUUCUCCCCCAGCACCACCACCAACUCAGGCCCACACAGCCACUACACACAUGCACAUGCCACAGGCACAUGUUGCUCCACCUCACGUCUGAAAAAACACAGGCCACCCAUCCUCACCCCAGGUGUGUGAGGGGUCAGACUGAACAUACCGUGACAGAAAGGUCAUAGGGCCUUUGUGUUUACAAUUCAGGUGGUGCAUGCUAGAGCUGGGAUGAUUAACCGAAAAUUGCAGACACCGACAUUGCCCGCACACAAGCAUUUGGCUUACGUCCGUAAACUGGUGAUUAGGCUACACAAUGUUUUUGGGGGUUCUAUUCAAACCAUUAUUUGGUCAACUGUAAUGUGUAUUAACCUGCUUCCUGCAAUGAAAGUAUCUGCCCCUCCGUCCCUGUUUCGCUGCCCGCUCUCAAUCCCUCCCCCCACCUUGUGCACGGAGUGAAGGGAGCAUAUGACCAACAUUUUAAAAUGUAAUUGCAGGAAAAACACUGUUUGCCUAAUGUUACUGUUGUUAAAGAGAGUGGAGUCUCGGCUUUCUGAAUGUAUACAAAAUAUUUCUCAACACUCAAUAUUGAGAAAAUACCACCACUUUACAAACAGAGUAUGUAAUUGAGGUAAUGCUUGGCGGAACAGAGCGCACCAUUUGUGGUGAAUUCAAGUGCCUAUAUAGGCCUACCAAUGGAAAGUUUUUGUUGGACAUUAAUUAGAUCAACAACAAAAAAAAUAUAUAUAUAUUUAUUGUUAUCGAGCAAAAUGGGUCAAGAAUUCAAUUGAUCACAAUAUGACGUUUUGUCCAUAUCACUCAGCUCCAGUACAUACUGUAGAGGCACACACACAACACAAACAAGUUAAAACAUCCACAGUGAACUCACUGACACAUACGGAGGCUCGAGCGUCUCUUCCCUUCUCAGUGCAAAAUUACCGUCUGUGAAUUCAAUAGCGAAGGUGCAUAAAGAUGGCUGCCCCCAUGUACUUACCACAAAUGCCUAAUUUGCUAAGUUUGCUGUAUUGUACAGUGCUCGCCGUUACUCUUUUUUGUAUUGGCAUUAGCACAGGAUACAUGAUUCCAAUUUUAGCUCCAAGACGGCGGCAUUUCUUAUUUUAAUUUUUUGUAGAUUGUGCCGAUUUACACUAUAGGCACAUUGAACCAUGUCGCGCGCGUAGAUUAAAAAGUAUGUGGAUAGUGCUAAAACAAUGGCGUCAUAUCUGAAUUCCUCCAUUUUUAUGCACCUUUGCCAUUACAGACAACCUCUAGAUAGGCAGACUGAAAGGAGAUAUGAAUACUGUACGUCUGUCCUGAUCAGGUUAACUCCUUCCAGCUGCCCCAUACUCUGUUCUGCUAUGCCAGCAACUUCUCUAAUACCAACUAAUCAGGAGGGAGAAUGCGAUUACUGUAGGGCAUUAUCAGGAGUAUUCAAUGGACCAUUUGGCUGUUUAUUACUUUGUAUAAUGUAUUGAUUGUGCUGAUUCUACAGUGGAACAGUGUCUGCUCAGGUAACAGAGUCUCAUCUCUCCUCUCCUCUUCUAUUUUCCGUCCUCAGGGAAGAAGAACUCAAUCCUAAUGCACAAGGUUCAGCAUGACCUCAACUCGGGUGUCUUCAACAACCGAGAGAAUGAAAUUAUACAGGAGAUUGUGAAAUAUGACCGUGAGAUGGUGCAGCAGGUGGACCUGCAGAGGCCUCGUGCCAUGUCCAUGUCCAACCCCCCCACGCACGGGGGCAUCUUUGCUCCUCCAGCCCCACCCCAGAGCUCAGCCAUCGCCACCCUCCAGCAGGCUGUGGCCAUGAGCUUCUGUCCCCCCAUGGCAGGCCCUCUGGUAGGGGCCGGGGCCCUGCAGUCCCCCCGGAUGGUGCGGAGGUUCCAGGUGAUGCAGAGCUUGUCGGCCUCCCCUCCUCCCCAGACUCAGCAGACCAUGCAGCCCCAGCUACACGCCGGUGGUGCCUUCGCCUCGGCCCUCUCCAGCCCCCCCAUCCAGAGUCCCCUAGCUGCUGGGGGACGGACAUUCCAGUACGGCCCCUCUUCUGGCUCCCAGCUCUCCCUGGUCCAGCAGAUCAUGCCCAGCCCCCCAUACAGGCCCAACACCCAUAACAGCUCCCGCUCUCUGCACAUGGGUAGUCUGAGUCAGGACACCAGGGCACUUUCUGCCUCUCAGCCCUCCCUGCCCCAGGGAGGGGCUCAACCCGUGGCCCCGAGCCCACCACAGUCCAACCGUGUUUCCUCAACAUCCAUUGGGCCACCACAGACCCCCUCGGGCCCUGCAGGGGUCAGGAGCGCUGUGACUCAUAGGAUGGUGCUGCCCCACCAGAUGUCUGUCGGGGCGUUUCCUCUAGCCUCCCUCCCAGGGACACUGACAUCGCUGGGGACAGGCAUGGGAGUGGACAUGGGAGCAGGCUUGGCGCCAGCCCCGCCGGACAUGGGAUUACCCAAAAAGGACUCCAAAGCCAGCCACCCUGAGACAGACCAUGUCAGAUCGAGGCUAUCUUCAAAUUUGUGA